AUGGCUGCAACAACAGACAUCACACAUGAUGAGGAGAAACAAGGUACAGUGGACCUGGUUAUCAUCGACGAGGAAGAGAAAAGAAUUCUGAGAAAGAUUGAUCUCCACUUGAUGCCGUUAAUGUUCAUAACAUACGCCCUCCAAUACCUUGACAAGAUCACUCUUGGAUACGCUGCCGUCUACGGACUGAGAGAAGACACGCACCUCGUCGGCCAGCAAUACUCCUGGGCCAGCAGCAUCUUCUACUUCGGCUACCUGACGGCUUCUCUCCCAGGCUCCGUCGGCUUCGUCAAAUUCCCCAUCGGCAAGUACCUCGCCACGACCAUGUUCAUCUGGUCCAUCAUCCUCGCCUGCCACGGCGCCGUCAAUAGUUUCGCAAGCCUCAUGGCCGUUCGCUUCUUCCUCGGUGCGCUCGAGAGCGUCAUAAGCCCCGGCUUCAGUCUCAUUACUGGGCUGUGGUACAAGCCGUCCGAGCAUGGCUGGCGCCAUGGGAUCUGGUUUGCUGGGAACGGUUCCGCCGCUAUCGUCGGUGGUCUCCUGUCAUAUGCUAUUGGGUACACUGAUGGCGUGCUGGCGGCUUGGAGAUGGAUGUUCAUCAUCUUCGGCCUCGUUACGUUUGCGUGGUCAGCCGUGAUUCUGUUCUUCCUCCCGGACAGCGCCUUGAAAGCAAGAUGGCUGACGCCGCAUGAGCGCGAGAUUGCUCAUAGCCGACCUCAGAAACAGACGCAUAGCUUCAAGUCCAACGAAUGGAAGCGAUUCCAAGCUAUCGAAGCAGCGAAGGAUCCGAAGACCUGGCUUCUGUUCUUCUACACAAUCUUCACCAGCAUGCCAAACGGCGGCUACACGAACUUCUCCUCCCUCAUCAUCAAAGGCUUCAACUACGGCCAGCUGGACACCCUUCUUCUGACCAUGCCCCAAGGCGCCUGCCAAGUCAUAAUGGUCCUCAUAUCUUCUUACCUCACUUCUAAGCUCCGCAAAUCCCGCUGCAUCAUCAUUACCGUCCUUCUCUGCAUCUCCCUGUUCGGGUGGGCGCUAGUCGGCUACCUCCCACCAGACCAAGUUGGCGCGAAGCUCUUCGGCGUCUUCAUAUUCGGCGCGUACGCCGCAGCAUUCCCUCUCAGCUUAAGCAUGAUUGCGAGCGACGUUGCAGGGUAUACCAAGAAGACUGUCACCAGCGGGAUCUUGUUCUUAGCGUAUUGUGCUGGGAAUAUCGCUGGGCCGCAGGUGUUCUUAGCGAAAGAGGCGCCGUUUUAUCGGACCGGGUGUAAAACUUAUAUCAUUUGUCUGUGCUUGGGCAUUUUGACGAUUAUGACGCUUCGACAGUAUAUGGAUUGGGAAAAUAAGCGUAGGGAUCGACUCCAAGGCAUUGUCGUUGAGGUAGAGCCGAAGAAGAACGGGGCUGAGGGUGUCGUUGGGUUGCCAACCUUUGGUUUGGAUGAGACGGAUUGGGAGCAAGAGAAUUUCCGAUAUAUUUUGUAG